UCUCCGGGACACAGGGUAAUACGUGAGGGUGAGUACGGGUGAGGGGGUGGGCCUCAGAACAACGGAAACUUGAUUCAAACUGGUGUUAAGGGAGAAGGUUGGCUGAGCUUUUCGGCUACAAUCUUUUGCUAGGCAAGAUGACCUAUAAUGGAGGGAAAAACAUAGCUUAUCUUUCCAUUUAGAUGUAUCUUGUAUUGUGUUCUACAUCUGAUCACACGGGUGUAGACAUCACUUCGUGUGAAGGCGACUUUCAGCCGAACUGGUAAUUUUGCAAUGGCGCGAAACAAUUAUACUCGAAAUAAAGUUCAGUCAACACAAUAUCUGCUACGGUAAUAUAUUUUGGAAAAAGAAUAAAAAUUCCAUGAACACAUCACGAACCAUGUCAAAUGUUAAAAGUAAACAUUCCUUGCAGUACUUGUUAGAACUAAACAUUGCAAGGGGAAUAGAAGGUUGGUGGGUGGGUGGGGAAAGUAUUUACACAAGGGAGAGGAUGUGGGUGUAUUUCAAAAUGCUGGAGGGUGUAGGGAUGGUAGGGGUGCGUUUCAAAAAGGGGGUGAGUGAGGAUGUAUUUCAAAAAGGGAGGGUGUGGGGGACAUUAUUUCAAAAUCUACGCCAUUUUGACUUUAACAUAUUUUUUUUAAAAAUGUCUAUUAAUAUUACAGUGAAGUUGUUUUAUCUUGCCCGAGUGUUUCUUUUUUUCCAGACUGUUUAGCAAGUAAUGUGACAUAAAGUUUGUUCUUUUCCAGCCUGUUUAGCAAGUAAUUUGACAUAAAGUUUGUUCUGUUCCAGCCAGUUUAGCAAGUAAUGUGACAUAAAGUUUGUUCUGUUCCAGCCUGUUUAGCAAGUAAUUUGACAUAAAGUUUGUUCUGUUCCAGCCAGUUCAGCAACUAAUGUAACACAAAGUUGUUUUUGUUCCAGCCAGUUGAGCAAGUAAUGUGACAUAAAGUUGUUUUUGUUCCAGCCAGUUGAGCAAGUAAUGUGACAUAAAGUUGUUUUUGUUCCAGCCAGUUUAGCAAGUAAUGUGACAUAAAGUUGUUUUUGUUCCAGCCAGUUUAGCAAGUAAUGUGAUAUAAAGUUGUUUUUGUUCCAGCCAGUUUAGCAAGUAAUGUGAUAUAAAGUUGUUUUUGUUCCAGCCAGUUUAGCAAGUAAUGUGACAAUAUGCCCCGAGCAUAACCGCGGCGUGAUGCCUCCAGAUUUUCUCAGCGAAGAAGUGGCCAAAAAAGGAGGUUGGUUGCUCCAUCUGUUCAUAGGAUCGUACAUGUUUGCUGCCGUCGCCAGCGUCUGUGACAUCUACUUCGUGCCGUCACUUGAACAUAUCUCAGAAGGUAAUCUAACAUUUGUCUGAGUGUAUUGUAACAUUUGACUGUGUUUACUGUAACGUUUGUCUGUGUGCACUGUAAUAUUUGGCUGCUUGUACUGUAACAUUAGGCUGUGUGCACUGUAACAUUAUCUAUGUGCACUGUAAUAGUUGGCUGCUUGUACUGUAACAUUAGGCUGUGUGCACUGUAACAAUGUCUAUGUGCACUGUAAUAGUUGGCUGCGUGUACUGUAACAUUAGGCUGUGUGCACUGUAACGUUUGUCUGUGUGCACUGUAACAGUUGGAUUUGUUUACUCUAACAUUUUACUGGGUGCACUGUAACAGUUGGCUGUGUGUACUGCCACAUUUGACUGUGUGCACUGUAACAGUUGGCUUUGUUUACUGUAACAUUUGACUUGGUGUACUGUAACAGUUGACUGUGUGCACUGUAAAAUUUGUCUGAAUUCACGGUAACAUUGUGCUGUGUGCACUGUAACAUUUUGGUGAAUGCAUUGUAACAUUUCGCUGUGUGCACUAUUAAUUUUAGCUUUGUGUACCAUAACUUUUGGCUGUGUGAACAGUAACAUUUGGCUGUAUGUUCUGUAACAUUUGACUUUGUCAACAGUAACAUUUGGCUGUGUGUUCUGUAACAUUUGACUUGUUAACAGUAACAUUUGGUUGUGUGUUCUGUAACAUUUAGCGGCAUGUACCAAAAGGAUCUACAUGAGGUGCUUAUUUUAGCUUUUUUCUUCUUGAUGACUGUUUUUUAUCAAGAUGUCUGAUGAUAUUCUGAUUAUUUCUCCUUGCCUAUUUCAUCUUUAUUUACAGCUUAUCUUUUCAUCUUAUCUUUUCAUCUGUAGACCUUGACCUUCAAGCCGACGUUGCCGGAGCGACCUUUAUGGCUGCAGCCAGCUCAGCCCCGGAGUUUUGCACAUCCGUUAUAAGUAAUUUCAUUUUCACUGUAACACCACGCCUUUGACAUCGUAUAUAACGCCUUAUAAAAUAUAAUUUUCUAUGUCAAAGUAACAUAACACCUUUGAUGUUGUGUGUAAUGCCUCUUUGUCACAGUAACAAAAUAACUUUGAUAUUGUUUAUGAAGACACUUUGUCAAAGUAAGAUAGCAACCUUGAUAUACUGUGUAUAAAGCCUAUCUGUCAAUGUCACAUCACGCUUUUGACAUCGUGUAUAAAGCCUCUUUAUCAAAGUUAUCUAACGCCUUUGAUAUCGUGUAUUAAGCCUCUUUGUCAAAGUUACCUAACACAUUUGAUAUCGUGUAUAAAGCCUCUUUGUCAAAGUAACAUAACACCUUUAUAUCGUGUAUAAGCCCUAUCAUAUAUAAUCUCCUACCUAAUGUUAUCAAGUACUAUGUUGCGUCAUGUAAAUUUACCAGUGAUGAUCAUGGGGUCUUAGACCCGGGUAAACCAAGCUGCCUUCUCAGGCCGAGGCUAUCAUAAAAAUCAAUUGGUGUAUUUAUUAACAUAAACGUUUGCUUAUAAAAAUAAGUUUAUGUGGUGACCUAUUUUUAAAGUAUGUCGCUCAUUGCUACGUGAUAUCACAUGUAAGUCUAUGUCGCUUAUUGCUAAAUGAUAUCACAUAUAAGUCUAUGUCGCUCAUUGCUACAUGAUAUCACAGAUAAGUCAAUGUCAUUCAUUGCUACAUGAUAUCACAGAUAAGUCUAUGUCGUUCACUGCUACAUGAUAUCACAUAUAAGUCUGUGUCGCUCAUUGCUACAUGAUAUCACAGAUAAGUCUAUGUCGCUCAUUGCUACAUGAUAUCACACAUAAGUCUAUGUCGCUCAUUGCUACAUGAUAUGACAUACAAGUCUAUGUUGUUCAUUGCUACAUGAUAUCACAUACAAGUCUAUGUUGUUCAUUGCUACAUGAUAUGACAUACAAGUCUAUGUCGCUCAUUGCUACAUGAUAUGACAUACAAGUCUAUGUUGUUCAUUGCUACAUGAUAUCACAUACAAGUCUAUGUUGUUCAUUGCUACAUGAUAUCACACACAAGCCUCUGUCACACCCACUUUAACUUUAAAUAACAACACAGCUACUCUCGUCGCAAAGAGUGACGCUGGCCUAGGAGCCAUUGUUGGAUCAUCCAUCUUCAACCUGCUGGUCAUUGUUGGUGCUUGUGCCAUCUUCGCGGGAAUGGUGAGUAUCAAAUGUUUCUAUGAGAAAGAUAUUUUUUUAAAAAUAUAUGUUUUCCGCCUAAAAGAUAUUAUUGAUAUAUAUACACUUAGAAUGUUCUCCCGUUUCCUUUUGAGACUUCCUUUUAAAUUAUUAUAGUUAUAUAUAUAUAUAUAUAUAUAUAUAUAUAUAUAUAUAUAUAUAUAUAUGUUUGUUUCCAUCUAUUUAAACCAAGCUGCUAGUCUUGUUGACUUGUGUUCAAUGCUUAAUUUCAUUCUAAUCCUGGUUUCCGAUCUUCGUAUAAACUUACUUUUGUGUAUCUUAACGUGUGCAUACCUUGCUUCAUACCCUCAGCUUGUGUCAAGUCCAUUGUUUCCACAUUGUGUCAGUGGCAAUGUUUCCACUUUGUGGAAAACCAACUGUUUCAAAAUUUAGUCAGUAACACUGUUUCCACAUUGUGUCAAAUCCAUUGUUUCCACAUUGUGUCAAAUCCAUUGUUUCCACAUUGUGUCAAUUCCAUUUUUUCCACAUUGUGUCAAAUCCACUGGUUCCACUAUGUGUCAAAUCAAAUGUUUCCACAUUGUGUAAAUUCCACUGGUUCCACUAUGUGUCAAAUCAAAUGUUUCCACAUUGUGUCAAAUCCACUGGUUCCACUAUGUGUCAAAUCCAUUGUUUCCACAUUGUGUCAAAUCCAUUGUUUCCACAUUGUGUCAAUUCCAUUGUUUCCACAUUGUGUCAACAGCCCUGUUUUAUGUUCUGCAUGUCUCUGUCAAAUAUUCUGUUAGCCACCUGUCUCUCUGUCAUAUACCUAUACUGUUAGCCACCUGUAUCUCUGUCAUAUCUACCGUUAGCCAGCUGUAUCUCUGUCAUAUAUACUGUUUGCCACCUGUUCUCUGUCACAUGUACUGUUAGCCACCUGUAUCUCAAUCGUGAUGUCCCGUUCCAUUCCAGCCUGUACAGUUGACGUGGUACCCACUGACACGAGACACCAUCUUCUACACCCUGUCUGUCAUCCUUAUGGCAGUGUUCAUGUACGACAACCUUAUUAUAUGGUACGUCCGCUUGAGUGAGUUCCGUAACAGAAACUCCCAUGCUAGGAUUUAUCGGGCGGACACAAUGAGUGACGAGCAUGUUUUCAUUAUGUCGUUGUUGUGACAGAAUUAGUGACGAGCAUGUUUCAAUUAUGUCGUUGUUGUGACAUAAUAAGAGAAGCUCAAAUUUUUCUGUAUGUCGUUUUUGUGACAUAAUUAGAGAUCAUAUUUUCAUUAUAUCGUUGUUGUGACAGAAUAAGAGAUCAUGUUUUGGUUAUGUCGUUGCUGUGACAGAAUUAGAGAUCAUGUUUUCAUUAUGUCGUUGUUGUGACAGAAUUAGAGAUUAAAUUUGAUUGUGUCGUUGCUGUAACAGAAUUAGAGAUCAUGUUUUCAUUAUGUCGUUGUUGUGACAGAAUUAGAGAUCAUGUUUUCAUUAUGUCGUUGUUGUGACAGAAUUAGUGACGAACAUGGUUCAUAAUGUCGUAUUUGUUAUUUGAAAAGUUUUUACGAUAUUUGUUAACACAUAAAAACAAAACGAUAUUGGCCCUGGUAGUUUUAAGACAGCAUUACCAAACUCCAAUAAACCUGUACACAACAGACUGGCUGGCGAUUGAAAUCACAGCCCAACGAUCUAAGCAUACUUGCAUUUGUACCUUAUUUACGCGUUGUCUUAGUAAAAUUAGUUACAAAAAUCACUUUCCUGGCCCAAGACCAAUGCUUUGAGUUCCACCGCUAGAAACAGUCAUGGACUCUGUUACCCUUGUUCGUUUAACUAUGUGUCAGCUGGACAAGUCUUCCCCCUCAUGAACUUCUAGCUUUGUCUUCUCUGUCCAGUGUCUGUUUGAUGGGACUUUACCCUCAUGAACAUCUGACUCACCUUCUGGGUCCAGAUUCUGUUUAACGUGUGUCUGUUUGAUGGGACGUUACCCUCAUGAACAUCUGACUCACCUUCUGGGUCCAGAUUCUGUUUAACGUGUGUCUGUUGUUAAGAGCUUGAACCUCAUGAACUUGUGACUUCUCUUCUCUGUCCAGGUACGAGGCCACAUUGAUGGUAGUUACGUAUUUGCUGUAUAUCCUGGUCAUGUUUUUUAACAAACGACUUGAGCGCUGGAGCAUCCUGAAAAUGAAAUCUUGUCGGAGACAGACACUCGUCGAUAUAAUGGAAGAAGAGGAAUCUGCCAAGUGAGCAGCAACAAUCUAUAUGUUAUAUGUUAAUGUCUGAUGCUUCUUCCUGACAUAUAUUAAAUAUUAUGUUACUUUGUUGGAUAGUUUGUCAAUGAAAUUUAAUUAAUGUGUUAGUUUUACGGCAUUUUAUCAAUGAAAUUAAUUUAUUUUUAUCCUUAAUCUUUGAAUAUUUAAAAAAAAAAUGAAAUGGAUUGUUAAUAUGUUAAAGUUAAAGGCGUGUCAAUAUCCUAGUGAAGUAACUACCUCCUUACUGUGUCCUUACAUACGUAUCCAAUUUACUUAACUACACAUUAAGAUGUCAUUUUUUUUAGUAAAGGAAGUCACGGUGAUAUGACGCAACUAAAAAUCACGCAUCCUUAAACGGAAAGAUAACUUCAUCAUUCGUUUCUGUUUGCCCCUCCGGCCCGCCCCCCCCCCUUCACAACACUUAGCAACCGACUGGCCAUGAUGGACGCCAGGCGCCACAGUCGCAUCUGCACUCAGGACAUGCUGACUAGGUCAGGCAUGCGGGAGAUCGAGAGGCUGACCAUGGCAAACAUAGGGGACCCGAAAGAGAUCUUAACGAAGGCGUCCAGGGUAACCAUUUCGGAAACGCUCGUGAGGAACAUCUCCAGCCUGUACAACAAGGUGGAGUCGGUGGAAUUUCCAGUGGCAUCGCCAGUGAACGUCGAGACCGGGACCAGCACAGACCCAGUCCCGGCGGUGUCGGCCGAGGUGCAGAUUGCUUCUCCCGUCGUAGAGGAAGAAGAUAAAGAUGACAAAAGUACGUUAUGAAAAUGUGAAAUAUCUGAAGUGUGUGUUACUUUUAAGUUGUUCCCCGAACCCCCCCGCCCUGUUUUUUUAUUCGAUGAAACCUCGGUGACUGGCGAAAUCAUGACGAGAUCCGUUGGUUCCUUGAUUAAAAAAAUAUUCUAAUACAGGAUUUGGUUACUCGGUUAUUGGAUCUAAGGGUUUUCUGAACCUCAAUGACGGUAAAAGUUAGUAGCAGAUAACUCAAAGAUUGGAUACCUAGGGGAAUGAACACCUUGAAGAUUGGAUGUCUAUGUGAUUGGGUACCUGUGUGACAGGAUGCAUCUUUGACAGGAUGCGACAUUGACUGGAUACAAUGGUGACUGCAUACAACGGGGACUGGAUGUUACGGUGACUGAUACCAUAGUGAAUGGAUGCCUUGAAGAUUGGAUACGUACUUGAUUUGGUUACCCGGGUGACUGGAUGCAUCUGUGACAGGAUGCGACAUUAACUGGAUACAAUGGUGACUGCAUGCAACGGGGACUGGAUGCAACGGUGACUGAUACCUUGGUGAAUGGAUGCCUUGAAGAUUGUAUACCCACGUGAAUGGGUACCUGGGUGACUGGAUGCAUCUGUGACAGUAUGCGACAUUGACUGGACACAACGGGACUGCAUACAACGGGGACUGGAUGUUACGGUGACUGAUACCUUGGUGAAUGUACGCUUUGAAGAUUGGAUACCUACUUGAUUUAGGUACCUGGAUGACUGGAUGCAUCUGUGACAGGAUGCGACAUUGACUGGAUACAACGGUGACUGCAUACAACGGGGACUGGAUGCAACGGUGACUGAUACCUUGGUGAAUGGACGCUUUGAAGAUUGGAUACCUACUUGAUUUAGGUACCUGGAUGACUGGAUGCAUCUGUGUCAGGAUGCGACAUUGUUGUGUGUAGUAUUAUAUGUUUUAGUUACAUUAUGAGGGGGCUGGAAAAAUUUUCAUCCAUUUUUACAAAAAGGGAAUAUUAAUACAACCGUAUUUUCAUGUGUGGAAAAGAUCUAUAAAGACUGAAAAGCAUGGAAAAGAAAAGCAUUAGUUAGGUCUGAGCGGAGGGAAGUAGUGAGUCUGCAGAAGGCACUGCAUGGGCUGUAGCGCCACAGGGCAGGAUGGAUGGUCUGAGCGGAAGUAAGUAGUUAGUCUGGCCAAGACACUACAUGGGCUGUAGCGCCACAGGGCUGGAUGGAUGGUCUGAGCGGAAGGAAGUUGUGAGUCAGGCCAAGGCACUACAUGGGCUGUAGCGCCACAGGGCUGGAUGGAUGGUCUGAGCGGAAGGAAGUUGUGAGUCAGGCCAAGGCACUACAUGGGCUGUAGCGUCUCAGGGAGGGAGGGAUGUUUUUUUUUCAAAAUGUAUAUUUUAAAUUUAACUUUUGGAAAACUAGCCGAGGUAGAUAAAAUAUUAGAUCAAGGUUCGCUGUAGCUUAAAUCAAAAGGCAGGAAAUAAAGAUAAGAACGUUCCUCAGCACACAGGACCAAUGAAAAAAAGUGACAAAGAUUAGGAACUGGUUAAACAUUCUUAAGAGAUCGCUAUUGUUGAUCGAGGUAAAUGAAGAGACGUUAAGAUGAAAUGUAUUACCGCUUAAAUAUUUGUGUCUCCCUGCAACAGUUGGAGUCAGUGAAUACACAAACCCUUUGGAGUUCCCCAAAGGAUUUCUAUCUCGGUGCUACUACAUAUUCAUCCUGCCGGCCACCGUUCUGCACGCCUUCACCAUACCAGACAGUCGACUCUUGGUGAGUUCACACGAAGUAACAUGCACCUCUGGUCAUGGUCGGUUGUUAUCAGUGAUAGUUUAUUUAGUGUUACAUGAUGGGCGCUGUAGUGUUACAUGAUGGGCGCUGUAGUGUUACAUGAUGGGCGCUGUAGUGUUACAUGAUGGGCGCUGUAGUGUUACAUGAUGGGCGCUGUAGUGUUACAUGAUGGGCGCUGUAGUGUUACAUGAUGGGCGCUGUAGUGUUACAUGAUGGGGGCUGUAGUGUUACAUGAUGGGCGCUGUAGUGUUACAUGAUGGGCGCUGUAGUGUUACAUGAUGGGCGCUGUAGUGUUACAUGAUGGGCGCUAUAGUGUUACAUGAUGGGCGCUGUAGUGUUACAUGAUGGGCGCUGUAGUGUUACAUGAUGGGCGCUGUAGUGUUACAUGAUGGGGGCUGUAGUGUUACAUGAUGGGCGCUGUAGUGUUACAUGAUGGGCGCUGUAGUGUUACAUGAUGGGGGCUGUAGUGUUACAUGAUGUGCGCUGUAGUGUUGCAUGAUUGACGCUGUGGAUUUGCACGAUUGGCGCUUUAGUGUCACAUAAUGGGUGCUGCAUGGUUACAUGAUAGGCGCUGUAGUGUUACAUGAAUGGCGAUAUAGUGUUACAUUAUUGGCGCUGCAUUGUUACAAGAUGGGCGCUGUUGUGUUACAUGAUGAGCACAAUAUGGUUACAAGAUGGAAGCUACCAGUAUGCGGAAAUUUGCAAAUUCAAAUGUAUUUGUAAAAUUAUGUUGAAAAUUAUGUUCUCUUUAUAAAACAAAAUAUCCAUGAAAAACACCAAAGUGUUCUGCGGAUGAUAAUAUUAAGUUAUUAAUUGCUGAAUGUGAAGAAUAGAAAUGACGAAGACAUCACCCGACCAGGAACUGUUAAGGCUUGAAGCUUAGAGACAAAACAGCUAUUCAAAUGGAAUAAAUGCUUUUUUACAAACUAGGAGAUUCUUCAUUUAGGUCCUCUUUCGUCUUGCUCGUUCAAGUUUUCUCAAAGAAGUACAUUUUGAUCAAUUAUAACUGGACGAAAAACUCAUAUUUUCCACUUGCUAGAACUUCAAGCAACCUUGUCCCUGACGCUGCAUUAUCUCGCCCUAAAUAAUAUUGGUUAUUUUUCACAAAUUUCUCAUUUGUUAUUAGGGCACUUGGCAGGCCAAAUUGUAUCUGGUAUCAUUCACAUUGUCCGUCGUCUACAUUGGUGUCUACAGCUAUAUUAUGGUCUGGAUGAUAACAAUGGCAGGUUAGUCAUGAUGCUGGUUAUUUUUUGUACAUAUAUAGCAAACGUCAAUAUUAUAGUGCUAAUUUAGAUGCCGUUAAAUUUCGAACAUUUUACACGUUUUUUUUACCCCAAAAAACACCACGGUCUACUCAUUGUUUUUUAUGACUUCUUAAUUUCUUUAAAUUUGCAUGAUGAAUAUCAGGAUAAUCUCUACACUGAUAAAAAUACCUAAGAAAACAAUAGAAAGCAUUAUAUUCUAGGCUCAUGCUUAUGAUCUUAUGGCUGAGUCUGGCUCACGGUCUCAUGACAGAUUGGGGCUCAUGCCUCACGGUCUCAUGAGAGAGUGGGGCUCAUUUCUUUUUUUCUCAUGACAGAGUGUAUUUCAUGCCUCAUUGUCUUAUGACAGAGUGUGGCUAACCCCCAUGGCCUUACGACAUGACUGUGAUACAGACAUCGUUAAGAGAAGAUAGUCUUGCGGACAUCUCAUGUUUUUUGGCCUCGUAGGAUUACUUAAAAAUAUGGAGAUUUUGAAGAAAAAAAAAAUCUUCAGUUUUAUAAUUUUGUAACAUAAAUAUUACAAUAAAUUCAAUUUUUGAGUCGGAAACACUGAUCUCAUCCCCACCCCUACCCCCGCCCCUCAAAAGCUGACCCUCUAUGUAGUUUUUUUUUUUUUAAAUAGAAUUCCUGUCAGUUAGGAACAGAUUGCUAGAGUCUCUGACUUUGGUAACAAUAUAAAAUAUAUCGGACCUGAUGCCAUGGUGCUGACGUAGUACAGAACAUUCCACGUUCACGUAUGAUUUUAUGGCAGGAACAGUUCUUCACUAGUGAUUGUCCGAAGAAACCAGUGCCACAUAAAACCAGCCUGUUUGCACCACCUAUGCACGGUGGCCUAGAUUUUAAAAAAAUAAACAAGAACAUUUAACAUUGUUAUGUGUCACCAAAUACACUCGAUGCGUCAUUUAUAACAAUUACCGGAUAUCAGAUUGAUUUACUCGAUCUUUGGCUAAAUUAUAUUUAUAGAUUUAACUAAUAGACUUUCAGUCUACAAUAUUCACAUAUAUUUAUAUACAAACACUUGCUCCCCACAAACACUUGCUCCCUACAAACACUUGCUCCCCACAAACACUUGGUCCUCACAAACGCUUGCUCCCCACAAACACUUGGUCACCGCAAACACUUGCUCCCCAUAAAACAUUGCUCCCAAUAAACACUUGGUUCCCACAAACACUUGGUCCCAUAAACCCUUGCUCCCCACAAACACUUGCUCCCCACAAAAACUUGGUCCCCACAAACACUUGCUCCCAACAAACACUUGGUCCCUACAAAAACUUGGUCCCCACAAACACUUGGUCUCACAAACACUUGCUCCCCACAAACACUUGCUCCAAACAAACACUUGCUCCCAACAAACAAUUGCUCACAACAAACACUUGCUCCACACAAACACUUGCUCCCCACAAACACUUGCUCCCCACAAACACUUGCUCACGAAAACACUUGCUCCCAACAAACACUUGCUCACCAAAACACUUGCUCCCAACAAACACUUGCUCACCAAAACACUUGCUCCCAAAAAACACUUGCUCACCAAAACACUUGCUCCCAACAAACACUUGCUCCCAACAAACACUUGCUCGCCACAAACACUUGCUCGCCACAAACGCUUGCUCCCAACAAACACUUGCUCCCCACAAACACUUGCUCCCCACAAACACUUGUUCCCAACAAACACUUGCUCGUCACAAACACUUGCUCCCCUCAAACACUUGCUCGCCACAAACACCUGCUCGCCACAAACACUUUCUCCUCACAAACACUUUCUCGCACAAAAACUUGCUCCCAACAAACACUCGCUCACCAAAACACUUGCUCCUAACAAACACUUGCGCGCCACAAACAUUAGCUCCCCACAAACACGUGGACACGACAAACCUUUACUCACCUAAAAAUUCCCCCAAACCAUCCAUCUCCCAGUAAACACGGGACGACAUUAUGACAGGCCACCUUUAAAUACGUGUGAGCACUCUUCGGGUUAAGUCGGUAACUGUAAACAGCAUGUUAAAAGUACCAUAUCGUGAUGUAGCGAGACUUAUCACUUCUAACACUGUCGAGCUGUAUUGGAAUCCCACGCGUCUGGACACAUUUUGCUGUUUUGAGCCUGUACACAUGUUUCUGUUUUUAGGCUGUACACAUGUUAUUGUUUUGAGUCUAUACAAUUUUUUUAACGUCUGUACACAAUUCAUUUUUUUUAAAUCUGUACAUAUUUUGUUGUUUGAAGUCUGUACAUAUUUCGUUGUUUGAAGGGUGUACACAUUUCUUUGCUUUAUUUUACAGGAAAUGUUUGGGGAAUUCCAGAUACGAUAACAGGUUUAACAGUUCUUGCUGCAGGAACAAGUGUGCCAGAUCUUCUAUCGAGUGUUUUUGUAGCCCGAGAUGGUAGGUAGCCACAUGAGCUGGUCAUUUAGAUGUGAGUGUAUCCGGAGUUAGUAGGUAGCUCGUAUAGAUGUGAUGCAGCCAGAGCUGUUAGUUAGCCACACACGUACCUCAUAUAGAUGGGGAUGUAGUUAAAUAUGGUAGGUAGCAAUACACGCUGGUCAUCUAGCUGUGAAUGUAGCCAGGGAUGGUAGGUACCCAUGAUUGCUGGUCAUCUAGCUGUGAAUGUAGCAGGGACGGUAGGUACCCAUGAUUGCUGGUCAUAAAGAUGUGAGUGUAGCUAGGGACGGCGGAGGUGGUCACCAUGGUUGUUAUACACAUGUAAGUGCAGCCAAAAAUGAUAGGUAGCAAAGCAUUGUGGUCAUAUAAGUAUGAUUGUUGACGGAGAUGGUAGGAGGCUACGCAUGCUGGUUAAUUAAAUGUGAGUGUUGCUAGAGAUGAUACUAGCCAAGCAUGGCUAUCUUACAAGUGAAUGUAGCUGAUAGGACACAAAAAUUAAUAAUGGUUGCCCAGAGACGAUUGUAGCCAGCGAUUGGUAUGGAAGACACUAAGUACUUUGAAUAAUCAUCAAAAUGCGAGUGCAGUUCGAGAUGGUACAUAUUCAUGCAAAAAAUUGGUCCCAAGAAUGAGAGUAGCCAUAGAUGUUUAAGAUAGCCAUAGAUGUUAAAGAUAGCCAUAGAUUUUUAAGUAAGUGAAUAUAAUUAUUUGGUUGGCAUAGUUGAAAACUGAUUCAGAUAUGUGUGAUCGGGGGCGUGCGUUAAAAUAUAACGACAUUAGAAUGUUAGCCUGUUUUGAUGUCAAAAACUUAUUCAUGUUUCUCUGCGUGUCCUAAAGGUUACGGUGACAUGGCGGUAUCAAAUGCAAUAGGGAGUAAUGUCUUUGAUAUUCUCUUAUGCCUCGGUAAGUGAUCAUUUAAAAAGAACAUUUUCUUAAAAAUGGAGGUUAAUUAAAAAGAUUAACUGAAACAAUUUAUCUAGAUUAUGUUGCUUGGAUUUUGUUUUUAAUUUGAAAGUAUUUUUAGUAAGUUAGCGAUAUCUUUAAGAUCCCCAUAUUUAAAAAAAAUAAUUUUUUGGGGGGUUAAGGGACAUUUCAGAUUUCUUUCAAAAUAUAAAAUAUUCAAAAUCAGACUUGUUUCUUUAAUUCACAUAGAUAUAUCUAAUUUAAACAAAAACAAUUAAGCAGCAUGUGCUCCAUCAUGGAGUUUAUUUAUUUAUUUUUUUAUUGUUAUAGGGAAAACAUUUAUUUCAUUUUUAUGAUUCUAUGAUUUGGAUUAAAUAAGAUUUGUUUAUUUGGCACUAGUUUUUGAAAAUUCUCUUAUUUCAAAUCCUGUAAGAUUAUUUUUCCUGUUUAAACAUUGUUUUUUAUAUUAAUACUCUCUCAAACGACACAUUUCAAAACGACAGCCAAACAUUAAAUUACAAGCUGUCACAACAAAAUCUGCAUUGAUGUUUGGUUUUUAAAGAUGUCUUUUUUUGACAGGAAUACCUUGGCUGAUAGACAAUCUCAGUAUAAGCAAGAACGGUACAGUCAUCGACAGUGAGGGAAUGGUGUUCGCGGUUCUCACACUGUUCAUAACCAUAGCGUACCUCUGGGGGUCCAUGAAAUGCUUCAACUGGACGUUGACGCCUGUUUACGGAUUCGUCACAAUUUCGGUCUAUCUCGUCAUCAUGACCAUCUGCAUUCUCAUUGAGACCAACGUCCUGUUUAGCAUUCAUGAGCCGAGCCCUUGCAAGCAGUAGACAGCUGUCAGACAGGCUACUGUCACGCAGACAAUUGUCCCGCAGACAACUGUCCCACAGACAACUAUCCCACCGACAACUGUCCCACAGAUAACUGUCACAAUAAUGCAAUGCGUGUUAGAAACCAGACAAUUGUAACAUUAGACAACUGUAACAAAAUAUUCAUGGCCCGUUUUAGCAACAGACAGCUGUCACACAGUCAACUGUCAACACAGACAACUGUCGCAAUGCAAUGCCUUGUCAAUGGCAUGUGUCGCGUACCAACUAAACGCCAGUAUUUACAAAAGAAUGUACAAACUGGUUCGUGCACCACAUUUAAUUUAUUUAGACUCGAUCUACUGAGGAAAGACGCGAAGGCUUUUGCUCCCCAUCCACAACAUAAUGGCUGUCGUGGGUGUCUUAAAUAUCAAAUGACCCCUGGAUUAUCUCGUGACACAGAAUUAUAAUUUAAAGGGCCUAUGACACGGAAAGUGGGGGGGG